AUGUCUUCGCAGGCUUCAGCAAGAAUUCUCCCUAAUCGCAGUAUCUCUAGAGGGGCCCCCCUAGCAGCAGACAUCGACACCAUCCAGUUUCCACGCGCAUGGGAAACAGCCUGGGAAGCGGCGGGCCAGUCCAACUUCGAGCGGGCGCAAGCCUUCCUCUUCUUCUACCGCGGCGACGACGCCGCCGUGAACAGCGAACUCCGUCUUAUCGCAUCGAACCCCAAACACCAAGACGUCGCGUCACUGGCCGCCGAAGUCCAACAGCGCGUCUUCAACAACCGCCACGCCAGUUUCGACGCGAGCCCGCUGCUGCAAUGGAUGCGCUUCAUCUUGAUCAAGAGCCAACUACCGGCUUCCUCAAAGACCAAACCGGUGCGGGAUUUCUUCUUCGACCCCUCCAUCGCCCGCAACCUCCCCCAACCCCCCGACGAUCCCGCCGAGUACGAAUACCCCGCCGCCCCCCUCAACAUCAUGAUCGUCGGCGGCGGUCCCACGGGUCUCGCAUCGGCCAUCGCGCUGGCGGAAAAGGCGGGCUCAAAAGUCGAAGUCCACGUCCACGAGGGCCGGUGGGCUCGGCAGCCCGGUAGUUCCUUCGUGAGCUACCCGCCGGACGCCCGCCGCCGCGACCAGGUCGUCACGCUGCAGGACUCCGUCACGGGCCUCAUGAGCGAGGAGACGAGGCAGGCCGUGUUCGGGGGCUGUCCCGAGAGGGUCUGGCCGGGCUCCAGCAACCUCCAGAUCCGCAAGCUCGAGGACGGGCUGCUCCGGCGCGCGCAGGACAGCCGGUUCCGCGAUAUCAUCUUCCUGCACGCGAGCCGGGUUCGGAGGGAGGAGUUGGCGCGGUAUGGGGACUUUCAUAUCUUGUUGGGUGCUGAUGGCGCCGGGUCUUGGGUGAGGGGUUCGUGCUUUGAGGGUCAGGACGAAGUUGUCGGGAAGAGUUAUGCUCUUGGUGUGGCUUUUGAUAGGCCGCGAGGUCUUCCCCGACCCCAGCCCAUCAACGUCUUCCUGACAAUGGCCCAGACGCGGUAUCUCCUCAACGCCAGCGACUUCGACGGCACGGGGUACCUCAACAUGCAGCUGACGGAAGCCGAAUGGGACCAAAUGGUCUCUGUAGACGGGCACCCAUGCACUUUCGGCAAGCCCAGCUGUCUGGAGACAAACGGCCGUCUGCCCACGGGGUUUCAGGAGCAUCAGGUCUUCGCACCUUCUCGCGACCCGGACAGCCCGCUCUGGAAGGCGAUUCUCGACGGUCUGGAACUGUACGGGUUCAAAGAAUGCGACGUGACCACCAUCGUCCGAAUCCCCAUCGUCGUCCGACGGAUCAACAAAGCAGUCGAGCAACUACCCAUUCUCGACUCGUCCGCUCUGCAAAGACCUCACGGCCUUGUAGCCUUAGCCGGCGACGCCGCGAUGACAGUCCACUUCUGGCCCGGCCGGGGCGCGAACUCAGGAAUCAAGGCCGGGAUAGCCUGGGCCGACGAAGUCGCCCAGGCGCUGGGUCGAGGGCAUCUCGUGGGUCUGCGGACGGGCGCCCUCGGCAUGUACGAGGCCUUUAUGCAGAAGCUCCAGCAGCGCGAGCACGGCGGUCGCAGCUUGCCCAUCGUGAAGCAGUCGGGGGACCCGGAGAUGAUGGCCUGGCUGAUGCGCAACGCGCGACUGAUCCCCCGGCACGUGGCGAUGGAGUGGCUCAUGGGCACGAUGUGGCGUGACGCGGUGCGGAUUGAGCAACGGCCUGACUGGGCUUUUGAGCGAGUCGGUAACCUUGAGCCCCAGCUGCGGAGGAUUAUGGAGACAAUGGAUGCCGUCACGCUGCAGGAGAUGGCGGCCACGUUUCCCUGGCCGACUCGAGAGAUGGCGGGGGCUGAGGUCAUGCCGAUGAGGUCUGUCGUAGAUGCGUGUCUUGGAGGCGGCAAGCCGAAGGAGAUGCUGAAGUUGGAGAAGGAUGCGAGGGCUAGAAAGCAGGAGAAAAGAAAGAAAGCGACGAGCGCGGACGCUGUCAUGUCCGGGGCCGAUCUUUCUCCUGCCUUCUUGGUUACCAUGGCGGGAGCUGCUAAGCCCGCGGCGCGGCCGAGAUCGUGGCGGCCUUUCGGCUUCAGCAGAACGACGUAG